AUGCUUUUUCUUGAACGGCGACUAUCGAUAUCCAAUAUAUCAUGGACAACAUGCAACACGACCCUGGAAGAUGACAUGAUAUCGGAGAUCCCACUGUGGAAUAAUGGGAUGACCUUCCAUCACUUGGGCUUGAUCCUCUGUGGUGCCUUUGGCCUCGUCGCAACAUGUUGCUCCGUAUUUCUUAUGUUCGCCCAUGCUUUGCAUUACAGCAAGCCCCGGGAACAACGCCAUAUCAUUCGAAUUUUGUUCAUGGUUCCGGUCUAUUCUGUUGUCUCGUUCUUGUGCUUUUUGUACUAUCGCAAAUCCGUAUACUUCACAGUUCUCGGAACAUGCUACGAAGCUUUUGCCAUCUCCGCCUUUUUCACGUUGCUGUGCCAUUACCUCGCUCCCGAUUUACACAGUCAAAAGGAUUACUUCCGUGGAAUCCGACCGUUGCCUUGGGUCUGGCCACUCAACUGGUUCGCUAAAUGCUGCGGAGGGGAUCGUGGGUGCUGGAGAACGCCGCGAAGCGGUCUGACGUGGUUCAAUGUGAUUUGGAUUGGGAUUUUCCAGUACUGCUUCAUCCGCGUCUCUAUGACUGUGGUGGCCGUGGUCACCGAGGCAUUUGGCAAAUACUGCGAAGCUUCUCUGAGCCCUGCAUUUUCACAUGUUUGGACUUUAGUUAUUGAGUCCAUCGCCGUCUCUAUUGCCAUGUAUUGCUUGAUUCAGUUUUAUAUCCAGAUUCGCACUGAUGUGGCCCAAUACUCACCAUUUUUGAAAAUUCUUGCGAUCAAGCUUGUCAUCUUCCUGUCUUUUUGGCAGACCACUGUUAUUUCCUUCCUGACCUCUUCUGGGGCUAUGAAACCCGGCGAAAAGGUGGGAAAUCAAGAUAUCAAAAUCGGCAUUCCGAAUCUGCUUAUCUGUAUCGAAAUGUCUAUCUUUUCGAUUCUACAUUUCUGGGCGUUUGCAUGGCAGCCUUAUCGAUUGAAAACCCAGCAGUCUUCCGAUAAUCCUCAAUACGUCAACGGGAGAGUCGAUUAUCAUGGCGGACAUUUGGGCAUCAGAGCGUUUGCCGAGGCAUUCAACCCAUGGGAUUUGGUGAAAGCCGUUGGACGGGGCUUCCGCUGGCUUUUCGUUGGCUACAAGAAGCGUACACUGGACUCCAGUUACAGGGACCAGGAAGGAACAUCAUUUUCACUCAAAACUUCAAGCGGGCCUAUUCCACAAACAAGUAUGCCAGGUCCUAAUGUUACAGCUUAUGGAGGUGCACAGCCUGGGGAUAUCCAACUUCCAGGUGCUCGUUAUGGACCGUCUGGAGAAGAAGGCGAGGAACUGCUAUCGCAUGCUCAGUCUAACCCAACCUCAUACUAUCCAGCACAUAGCGACGUUGGAGUGGUGCAUGGCUACUAUGAUGAAGAGUCUCAUUCCGGGCGAUACUACGGCCAACAAUAUAACGACACGCAAUCAUCGACCGACCUAUCAGCAGCUGAACCCCGACCAAUCUCCCCUCCUCAGCACUACAAGCCGUACAAUCCAUCACACGGCCCUUAG